AUGUCUUCUUUCAAGAGCAAAUUUCAAGAUGAGCUUAUUGCCAAUGCUGCUUACAUUGGCUCUCCUGGAAAAGGUAUUCUUGCUGCUGAUGAAUCGACUGGCACGAUCGGCAAGCGAUUCGCGAACAUCAGUGUGGAGAAUACCGAAGAAAACAGGCGUACUCUUCGCGAAUUAUUGUUCACUGCCCCUGGUUGUUUAGAGUGUCUCAGUGGUGUUAUCAUGUUUGAGGAAACACUAUACCAGAAGACUGCUGCAGGCGAACUCUUUACAGAGGUGUUGAAGAAAGCUGGAGUUCUUCCUGGUAUUAAGGUUGACAAGGGAACCGUUGAACUUCCUGGCACAAACGGCGAAACCACAACUCAAGGUUUAGAUGACCUUGGUCAGAGGUGCAAGAAGUACUAUGAAGCAGGUGCAAGGUUUGCUAAAUGGCGUGCUGUGUUAAAGAUUGGUCCAAACGAACCGUCUCCAUUGUCAAUCCAUGAAAACGCCUAUGGUUUAGCCCGUUACGCGGCCAUUUGCCAAGAAAACGGUUUGGUUCCAAUUGUUGAGCCAGAGAUUCUAGUAGACGGAUCUCAUGACAUUGCAAAAUGCGCCGAUGUAACCGAACGCGUUCUUGCAGCGUGUUACAAGGCCUUAAGUGACCAUCAUGUUCUUCUUGAAGGUACCCUUUUGAAGCCUAAUAUGGUGACACCAGGAUCAGAUUCAGCUAAGGUUGCUCCUGAGGUUAUAGCCGAACACACUGUCCGAGCUUUGUUACGAACCGUUCCAGCCGCGGUUCCCGCUAUAGUUUUCCUGUCUGGUGGACAAAGUGAAGAGGAAGCAACUGUUAACCUUAAUGCAAUGAACAAACUUAAGGGAAAGAAGCCUUGGAGUCUGGCAUUCUCUUAUGGAAGGGCACUCCAGCAGAGUACUCUUAAGGCUUGGGGUGGAAAAACCGAAAAUAUCCCUAAAGCACAAGCUGCAUUGCUUAUUAGGUGUAAGGCAAAUUCAGAAGCAACCCUUGGAAAUUAUCAAGGUGGUUCUAACCUUGGUGAUGGUGCUUCAGAGUCUCUUCAUGUUAAGGAUUACAAAUACUAA